UCAACGUCAAUGAAGGACGACCAUUAAAUUACUCAACUUUUGCCAUUACAUGUUCCACUACACAUACAGAUCUGUGACUUCCCUUCUUCCAUUGUGAGAAGAAAGAGAUAAACAAAUGGAGACGAAGAGCGAUGAGAAGCUAAGUAUCAUCGAACUACUAAAACGAGCUGCGCAGCUACUCUUUGGUAACAUCAAUCUCGCUCUCUUCCUCUUCUUCUGCUCCCUCCCACUGUUUUGUUUCUUGAUCUUCUUCGAGCUCUCCCUCCAAACUACUGUCUCACUCGCUUCCACAUACCUCUCCAAACUAGUCAAUUCUGAGGAAGACUUAUCGGAGAAUGAUCUUAUUCCAUGGUUGGUGCAGACAUCUCUACUCUACUUCUUUCCCUACACUAUUAUCGACCUCCUUACCACCACCACGAUCGUUGCAGCAUCUUCGAUUUCUUACAUUAGUAUGGUUGUUUCGGUCUUAGAGGAGGAAGAAGAUGGUAAAGGCAUCUAUGGAAGCAGUGCUUUGUCUCUUUCAGCUUGGUACUUAAGAGGACAAGAGAAGCGUGACCUAUGGAUGAUGCUGAUGUUCUUGGUCGGCGCUCUUGUGACGAGGAUGCCAUGUUUAUACUACAAAUGCAGUGAAAGUCUGAGUGGGAAUGGAGUGUUGUACACUGGUCUCUAUGUAGGUUUGAUUUGUGUUGGGAAUGUGGUUAAAUGGGUGUCUUGUGUUGUUUGUUACCAUGAUUGUAACACAAGGGUUUUGAGGAAGAAGGGUGAUGUGGAGAUUGGAUCAAAAGCCAAGGCUUUUGCUACAUAGAGAAAUUGUUUGUGACCAAAUCUUUAACAAUUUCUCUAUCACCAAUAGCUUUUGCCCUAUACUUUAAAUAACAAAUUGAAGUUUUUUAUA